AUGGUCACGUCACGCGUGAAAAUUAACCUACUACUCUCGUGGAGAGAGCUUAGAGCUAAUGAUGUACGGAUUGAAUCGUCUCAAAUCGGCCAAUCGCCUCAUCAAUCUGUACUCCGCCGCCGCCAAUUCGAGGCGAUUGUUUCCUCUCCGGCAGCGGCAGCGAAAAUCGGUCAGAUUAGCGACCGUCACAACAAUUAUGAGCGGAAACGGCGGAAGAAGGUGCCGCAGCCGCUGGAGAAUGUAGUGACGCUCACGUGCGAGUCAGCCGCGGAAGGAGGCGUCUGCGAUGUAUAUGUGGUCGGAUCCGAUCACAAUUGCCCGAAAUCAUGGGCGGAAAUUAAGGCGGUGAUCCAAUUCGUAAAACCAGAGGCUGUUUUUGUGGAGCUGUGCGCUAGUCGCCGUCAUUUUCUUACACCUGAUAAAAAGAUGCCAACCUUGCAAGAUAUGGUGCAAAUGUGGAAGGAAAAUGAAAGUAUUUAUUCAAUUUUGUGCAAACGGUAUGUUGCUAAGCGUUUUAUUGAAACUGGUAAAGCUCCCGGUGGAGAUUUUCGUACAGCAUAUAUCAAAGCAACAAAAUAUGGUGCCAAGGUUAUACUCGGUGAUAGACUUGAAGAGAUUACAACUUUGAGACAUUGGGCCGACACGUCUCUUUGGCAACUCUACCUGAAAUUCAAAAGAAGAUCAUUUUCAUACAUUACAUUGCCAGUAGACCUCGCCGAGAAGGUGGAGGAGGCAAAAAAGACUGGGAAGGUUGAUGCUGACUUGGUGAAACAAGUGAUUUGUGAGCUGACCAAGCAAGAUCCUAGCGGUUCAAAAAUUGUUAUCCAUGAGCGCGACCAAUAUAUGUCCUUCAAAUUAUUAGAAGCUGCACGUCAGCAUAAGUCAGUCGUUGCUGUUGUGGGGAAGGUGCACGUAUUAGGAAUCCAAAAUAACUGGAAACAACAUGUUGAGGUGGAGCAGCUUCUGAAUGUCCCACUUCAAAAGAAAAUGCUUAGAAUUGCAGCAAGAGUUGCACAGGUUGCUUGUCUCUAUGGCUCUUAUCUCUACUUCGAUGAGUUGGGACAAGGAUGGAUACAAUUUGUUGAGGCUCUUCCUAAAGUUCCAAAAGGUCGAGUGGAUUGAUUCGAUUUCGAUUAUCCCGUUUGAGUGUCUCAAUUUUGCCAUUGAAGCUAAAGCCCAUAUACAUCAUUUUGCCUGAAUUCUGCAGCCUAUAACAUUUAUUGGGUCAGGCCUAUUUGAUGCUCUAUUUUUCUCCUUUGUUAUAAUUGGGCCAUUUGCUAAAACCAUCGAUUCAGUGGGGGAUUUUAUAAUAUUCGUAGCUCAUUAAUUUUA